CAACUCUAAGAAUCGAGGAGCUAUGCAGGCAGCCUGCGUCUGGAUUGUCAGAGCUUCUGUCCUCUGGCUGUUGCUGUCGGACCUCCUGGACUGCCAACACUCAACAGAGCACAGGAAGGUUCCUGAGAGGGCAGAGCCCCAACAGGAGUUCAGGGCAGAGCAGGGAGACAUUCAGGGCUCCUGGGGCGCCUGGGGGCCCUGGGCGACCUGCUCCCGGACCUGUGGAAGAGGGGUGCAGGAGCAGAACAGACCCUGCCUGCCUGUUUACAGUCCGUCCCAGUACCCCUCCAGGAGAACUGGUGUUCACCCCCAACAACCAGGCCACGUCAUUUCAGCCCUUAGGCCGACGGUUCCUCUGCAUCGCGACAAAGUCAGGUCCUCCAACAGCAACAGCAGCAGCGAUCUGAGGGAGGGGAAGGAGACCCGGCCGGAUGGACGGAGGAGGGUCACUCAGAUCAUUCCAGGGAGGUAUGGCUACGGGAGAGCUCCUUAUGUCGCUCCAUUGCAGACGGACAUGGGCCAGGGCCCUGGGACGGCUCGCCCACAUAGACAGAGACGCUCUCCUGCAGCUGACGGCCACUAUGCUGCCACUAGAGGCCACAGCAGCCAUAGGUCAAACAACCUGGACCCCGCCAACACCCUCCAUCGCCACAGCAGACCCUAUGUGCAGCCCAGGGCACAGCAGCCCAAACAUAACCAAGUCUGCCCCCUCUACCAGCCUGGCUCGGCCAACCAGGCCCUGGUCCAGCAGGAGCCACAGUCAAGCGGCCAGACAACUGGACCCCAGCAGCACCAGGAGAGACCCUAUGACCCCCUGCCUAGUUCCUUCUGCACAGGGGAGCAUGCUCACCACAGGAUCUGCAACAGUAAUGCCUGUCCUCCUUCCAGCAGACACCUCAGGGCUGUUCAGUGUUCUUCAUACAACAACCAACCUUUCAUGGGCAGAUUGUACGAGUGGGAACCUUUCAACGAGGUAACCGGGAAUCAGCAUUGUGAACUCAACUGCCGGGCCAUAGGGUUCAGGUUCUACGUGAAACAGUCGGAGAGGGUGAUCGAUGGGACGCCAUGUGGGAAGAAUGAUACUUCUCUCUGUGUGGUGGGAAAGUGUUCGAGUCUGGGCUGCGAUGACUAUCUAGGCUCAGGAAAGGUGAUGGACAUGUGCGGCGUGUGUGGAGGCGACAACACGACCUGCAGGCUGAUCUCUGGAGUGUUUAAACACAGUUUGACCAAAAUUGGCUACCACAAGAUCGUGGAGAUCCCAGAGGGAGCCACCAAGAUCAACGUCACAGAAAUGGUGAAGAGCAGGAACUACCUAGCUCUCCGAAGCCGAUCGGGGCGAUCCAUCAUUAAUGGAAACUGGGCUAUUGACCGACCAGGGAAGUACGAGGGAGGGGGGACCAUGUUCACCUACCGCCGGCCCAACGAAAUCAGAAGCACAGCUGGGGAGUCCUUCAUCGCUGAAGGGCCCACCAAUGAGAUCCUGGACGUUUAUAUGAUCUUCCAGCAGCCAAACCCUGGUGUUCAGUAUGAGUACAUUCUCCCCUCUGAAAAACCAGUCGUCCCUCAGCAACCAAACCACAGACCAGAAGGGAACGCUGUGAAUGGACAGGGUGGUCACACCAACACUCACCAAGAAAGCUUCAAUCCGGCGGGUGGCGGGCGGGAACCCCCUCGUCUCCCCGACUACCAGGUUCCCGCCGUACAGCCACCCAGACGCGAGAGAGAGUUCAACUGGAAACUUGCUGGUGCUACAGAGUGUAGCGCCUCCUGUGGUAAAGGAUUCAGACACUCCAUCUUUCACUGUGUCUCCCGGCUGAACCUUGGCCAGGUGUCAGAUGCUUUGUGUGACAGCAGCAGCAGACCGACUCCCGAGGAAGAGGCCUGUAACCUACAGCCCUGUCCAGCUUUCUGGGAUAUUGGAGAGUGGUCAGAAUGCAGUAAGAGCUGCGGCCUGGGAAUGCAACACCGACAGGUCCUGUGUCGCCAGAUUUAUGCCAACCGCACCCUCAACGUCCACACGAGCCGCUGUCGACACUUGGAGCGGCCGGAAGUCGCCAGUACCUGUCAGAUGAAGAUCUGCAGUGAGUGGCAGAUACGCUCCGAGUGGACCGCUUGUUCGGUGCCGUGUGGGCUGGGUCAGAGGUCACGAGAGGUGCACUGUGUCAGCAACGUGGGCGACUUUGUUCCUGAUGAGGAGUGCAACAUGAAUCUGCGGCCCAUCGAUGUGGAGAACUGUGACAUGGGAUCCUGUGCCAAAAGCUGGUUCUACACCGAGUGGGGCAAUAGGUGCUCAGCUGACUGUGGGAUGGGGGUGCGAACGCGGGGAGUCCUCUGCCUGACCAACCACAUCAGCAGCCUUCCUCUGGAGGGGUGUGGCAGCGAGCGGCCCGCGGACACUCAGGUCUGCAACAACGGCCUCUGUGAUAAUCGCAUCGAGUGGUUCACAGGCCCCUGGAGCCAGUGCUCUGCAGAUUGCGGAGCAGGCAGCCAGCAGAGGUCGGUGGUGUGUCUGAUAAAGUCAGAUGAAGGAUUUGCCGUAAUGCCGCCGUACGAGUGCUCCUCCCUGGAUCGACCCCUCGGCCAGCAGAGCUGCAACCUCAAGGCCUGUGGAGCAAAGUGGUACCACACUGACUGGAGUGCUUGUUCAAAGACAUGUGAGGGAGGUUUCCGUGUGCGGGAGGUGCGCUGCCUGUCCGACGACACGCUGCCCAGCGAGGGCUGUGAUGAGCAGCUGAGACCGGCGGAGAGGGAGGACUGCAACCCAGAGCCCUGCAUACCUAGCAUAGAUGAGAACUGCAGAGACAAGUACUUUAACUGCAACGUGGUGGUCCAGGCUCGCCUCUGCGUGUACGACUACUACCAGACCACGUGCUGUGCGUCAUGCUCUCGAGUGGCCAACAGACAGUCCAUUCAUCGUGGCCGCAGCUAGCACUCUCUACCAGGGUCCAUCAGCUCCAUGUUGGGCCGGACUCAAUACCUGCUGCAGGUUCCUGGGUCAGCCAGGGGAGAGGACCAGCUGGACCUUGGUUUAAAUGGACGAUUGUUUUGACUGCCAAGGGCGGAAACUUAAGACGGAACAUUUCUGUUGGUUCAUUCAGAGGCAGCUGUUGGGAGAAAGGAAUACCUAAGAGUAGUGGAGGACAGGAAUCCACUCACUGGAUAAACAGAGCCCGGAGGGAUGAGUGAGAUCAGUAGCAAACCUGUAAAAAAAAAACUAUGGAUUUUAACCACAGAGUUUGAUAUAAAGAAUCCAUCUGUUUAUGUUUCAAGGCCGAGCAGCUUGCAGCUCUAAGGAUUACGUGAUAUGAAGAGAAGAGCGCCUGGGAACUGUUUAAGGUGGACUAUAUAUUGAAAGUACAUUUUCUAAUAUGGUUCUUUACACUUCAAUGGUCAGAUUCAUGCCAUGAUGUCAUAUGAAGUCGAUGCAGUCUCACCUAUAAUCAACUAUUUAACACCCACUUUGUUGACCAAAGAUAUGUAACCUCUUCAAACUGAAGAC